AUGAAGCCAGUCUUCAGAGUGGCAGAUGGUGCACCUUUCCAGGGUAGUGUUAUGAGGCUUCAUAUCAGCGGGCAUCAUGAGUGGUGUUUGUUUUUUCAGUGUCUCAUAACUUCUCCAACAGAUUGUGCUUUAGCUCGGCAUAUUUUGGAAAAGAAUCAAGAAUAUUUUUUACCAAUAACUGAAGUCUCAAACGGCGGAGAUGAUGGGUUGAAAAAGUUUCAGGGCAGCAGAGAGGCCCGUGUAUGGAUGUGGAUGGGGCAGGCUGAUUCUUGA